AGUAUCAAUAGUUUUUAGUAUUAAUAAUAUAUAUAUAUAUAAAACAUAAGCUGGUUGUUAACAAAAAUUCAAUAAAACAAUAAAAAAGCAAAAAAAAGACAUUAUAAUUAAAAGCUUAUUUCAAACAAAAAAUAAACUAACAAGAAAGAGUUUAUUCAAAGAUCAGAUAGAUAAGAUACCUACUAACCAAUAGCUAAUUUUCUAUCCAUAUUUUUUGAUUACUAUUAAAACAACAGCAUAGCCUAGUAAAAAAGAGAGCGCAUUUAUUUCUUUGAACCAGUUUAGACAAAAUUAAUGAGUUUUAGAAGCGAUUAAACAAUAGUUUGUGGGUAAGAACCAAAUAUAGUCCAAAGUCCUAUGCUUACGAAAGCUUGCCCAUUCACUCCUCUUACAUAGAGCUUAAAAUGUGAGCCUUAUUACAUGAAUUCCCCAACUGCAUCAAUAUCAGCCACUUAAAACUGUGUUGAUGAAAUCUCCUUAGAGAAUGCUAAGUAGGAUAUAAGUUAAUCAAAUUAAGUUGAUAGCCUUCAGACAACUAAAAAUACUUUAACUUCGGAAUAUUAAUUGCAAGAGUGCUAAAUUAGCUAGAAAAACUUAGCAUUUAUACAAGAGCCCUAGAUAAAUUAGAAAUAUUCUUGCAAAGCAAGAUAAGUACCAUUUACCACAGCUUUUACUGGCAUUCCAUGCUAACUUAAUGAUGACAAUGAAGAUAAUAUAUAAAAAUCAAACGGAUUCAAAAGAGGAAAGUCUUAAAGCAAUAGCGAAGCAAUCAGAAGAAGACAGGAAACUGUGAACCUAAAGGAUCGCUAAUUUGGCAUGUCAAAUAAAAAUAACUAAGAAGAAACAGAAAGCGACUCAGAUGACUCUCUUUCAGAUUCUGAUUCAUCUAUUUCUAAUAGUGACUUUUUGAACCAAAAAUAUUAAUUAGACAACAUUUAGGAUAACUUGAAUUAAAAUCUUACAUUCUAAUCAACAAAUGAUAUUUAAUUCAACUUAUACCCUUAUUAUUAAUUCAAUGGCUCAUUAUAAAAUUAAUACAAUUAUUUUGAUACUAAUUAAUAAAAUAUAAAAUUAAAUGAAAAUAUACAAUAAAAUAAUUUUAAUUUAACUGCUGAGUAGUUGCAAGAAAGAAAUUUCUAAUAGCACCUAUUAAAAAAAGGCAUUCAUAAAAAUGAUCAUUUAUCAGCUCAAAAGAAAAAAUUCAAGUAUGGAUACAAAAAUAUGAGUAGAGAAGAAUAUUAAGAAUAUCGCAUAAAAAAAGCUGAGAAGAGAGAGAAAAGGAGAAUCGAAAAAGAAUAAAAUGCUGGAUCUAUCCAAACUGAAUCUAUUUACAAACUAGUUCUUGUAGAGUCUAUUGAAAAACCUAAAAAAGCAUAUAUUCCUAAAAAAAUAAGAGAAUAAAUGGAGAUGGAAUAAUAGUUAAAUAGCGAAAAUAGAUGUAAAAGCGCUAGCUAAGUAAGCUAAGCAGAAUAAACAUAAACCAGAAAGACACUAUAAAAGACAAACGAUUAGUAAUACGAAAUAUUUUAAUUCUCAAGAACUUCUGAAAAGCCACUUGUCAGAACUGUAUACAAAAAAGAGUUAGUUGUCUAAUUCUAAGUAGAAACAGAAAAUCCUUUUGCUUUGAUGGAAAUCGGAGUUUUCAAUUAUUAAGACAAUAUUGAAUUCUAUUUUAUAAAUAAAUUCAAAAUCAUCAACAAAUUUAUAAACAGAAACUAUAAUCAAAAUAAAUACUUUGAGACUGAAUUAACUUCAGAGGAUUUCAUUUUCAAAAAUGGAACAAAAUUUGAGUUUUCAGUCAAAUACAACUGCAUCAUACUUAAAAAUUUAGAUACUUAAGAAAGCACCAACCUUUAUUGUGAUAAAUAUAUAGCCUCUAAUAAAAAAUUAAAUAUUUUUAUCCGUUUAUUCAAAGGCGGAGAUGUUGUUCAUUUACUUUGA